AUGAUGGAGCUACCCAAACACCCUUUCUGUAGGCAGUUGGCAGUUGCUGCCACCAACCGUGGACAGAACGGCCGUACAGUGAUCCUAUUGGUUCUCCGCGCAGGCGGUAUGCCGCGCCCCCAACCACUCCACACUCUGGGAGUGUGCGAGGCCUUUCAGUGCCCCAAGACCUGGGAUGUUGUACGUCCUACAACACAGUCCCAUGAGAAAAAUUGUCCUGAGCAAGUUGAGAAAUACUGCGACACCAGCAGGACUACAUCGACGGAAUGCGGGAGUGCGGGCUUCAGAGCCACAGGAAACGUCAACAAUACACACCGCUCCCUUAAGACCUACGUUGGGGUCUGUGCUUGGUUUGCCGUUGGUUUGGUGGGAAGGGCAGCGAAACGGAGAGCGGGCGUCCCGGUUCCGCGUCCAGUUCAGGAGGCGCAGGUGGCAGACCCACCGCCGGGACUCCCGGAGCUCCGCCACACCCACGGUUGUGAGCCUGCCCUUCCCCACGGGCCUCCCACUCCGAGGGCCCUCCGUCUUCCCCAGCACUGGAAGAACCAUCCACCGAGCCCACCGCGAGAGGCGCCCCGAGGGCGUGACCGCCUCCUGGGCCGCAGGGCGGGGGGGGGGGGCCUUUUCUCCAGACUCCCCCACCUUUUCCUUUCCGCCUACGCUAUAAAAAGCUUCCUCGUUGCCCCCUUGCCGGCGGCUCCUGAAGGAGUAGAGGCGCUGAGCUGGGUAUUUAUAGCCCUGUGGACGUCAGGGCGUGCGUCACAAAGCUCCUCCCUCCUGCUGAGGGCUCGCGGUCAGGAAAGGAGGCGGAGCCUCAACGUCCCCAGCCAAUGGGGAGCCGCAAAGGACAAAGGCUCCAACUCCGCGGGCCAGACACGCAGGUGCCUCCUAGUGUUAUAUGCAGUCGGAUGUGUGCUUAAGGUAGGCAUUCCUAGAAGAUCACAGGUGGAAUAG